AUGGACGACACAGCCAGCGCUUCUUCGCAGGACAGCCCCGAGUUCCUGUCGGGGCGAAGCAAGAGCCAGGAGCAACUCCGGUUACUGGGCUCAAUGGCUGAGGAGGUGCAGACCGUGUCAGAGAAGCUGCUGGAGCUGGCGCGGGCAUCCGCGGACUCUGAGAAGGUGGAGGCUGCGGCACGGGAGGCACGGGAGGUGCAUCAGCUCCUCAGCAGCGAGCUCACGCGCCUGAGCGGAGACUGGCAGGACUUGGGCCGCUCAGCUUGCGUUGGCUCCUUGCGAAGGUCUCUGGACAACAGGUCUCUUGUGAACCUGGGCAACAUCUCGACACAAGAGUCGCUGAACUGGCGGCGCCAUCCUGAGUUGGCGCGGCUUUUUGGAAAGUCAGGUGACAUCAGCACUCGCUCAGUGCUGAACAGUACCUUGACGGACGCGUCUGAGAUACUCGAGGGCCUCUCGCGCCGCCGGGAGCUGCGGCGGCAGCUGAGGAAGCUGCGGCAGGCGCUGGCCGAAGCGCAGGCGGCCAGCGAGGCCCGAAGCAACCUUGGCGGCUCUGACGCGCUGGGCUUCGGCGUCAGCUCGCCUUUGGACUUCUGCGCCUCUGGGCAAAUUUGGAUCUCGAGUGAGAUCGAGCGUGUGAAGUCGGUCAGCGAUCAGCUGGCCAUUUCGAGGACAGUGCCUGGUUCAAACAAGGUCCUUCGCAGCGCGUCUGCCACAGGUUUGGGCCGUUCCAGUGUGCACUCAAAGCUCCGUCGUGGCUGGCAUGACUCGCUGGAUAUGCAUUGUUACCUGCAAGAGCAACUGCGGCGGCUAAAGAAGGGCUCCGAUGCCAGCCGGGCGCCGGUCCAAGAUCUACGCCCUGAGCCGCUGAAGCCAUUUUCAAUCCGCACGCCUUUGUAA